GAACAAGCCCUCCUUUCUCCUCCUCACAUAUCGGUUGUGCUCUGUUUAUCGUCUCUUCCAUAAAUCUAACCAUGAGCGACGAACUAGCCCAUGAUUUCUCUCCCAUCAUCAAAGUAUACAAAGACGGUCGAAUCGACCGCCUCCUAGGCACAUCCACAGUCCCUGCAUGCAUUGAUCCCCAAACCGGUGUUCAAUCCAAAGACGUCGUCAUCUCAACCGCACCACCCAUCUCUGCAAGGCUUUAUAUUCCCAAAUCCACCGCAACCGAGUCAGCCCAGAAGCUCCCUCUUCUGGUUUACUUUCACGGCGGUGGCUUUUGCGUUGAAAGCGCUUUCUCUCCCACUUAUCACAACUACCUCAACUCUUUAGUCUCCGAGGCCAAAGUUGCAGCUGUUUCUGUUGAAUAUAGGCUGGCGCCGGAGGAUCCACUCCCGGCUGCCUAUGAAGAUUCGUGGGCCGCACUCAAAUGGGUGGAGUCCCAUCUCGCAGGAAACGGCCCGGAAGACUGGCUGAACCGGUAUGCAGAUUUGAACCGGGUUUUCUUUUCAGGUGAUAGUGCUGGGGCUAACAUAGCUCACCACAUGGGUUUGAGAGUUGGAUCUGAGAAGUUGGUGGGUUUUAAGCUGAAUGGGAUUGUUCUGGUGCAUCCCUACUUUUGGGGUGAAGAACCAAUAGGGGGAGAAGUAGCUUUGGCCGAGAGUCUUAGAAAGAUGGUGCCUGCUUUGUGGCGGUUUGCUUACCCUUUGACUAGUGGAUCCGAUGACCCGUUUUUUAAUCCGGGUAAGGAUCCGAAGUUGGGGGAGUUGGGUUGUGAGAAAGUUUUGGUCUGUGUUGCGGAGAAGGAUGCGUUGAAAGAUAGGGGGUGGUAUUACAGUGAGGUGUUGAAGAAGAGUGGAUGGAAUGGAGUUGUGGAGGUAUCAGAAGCGAAGGAGGAGCAGCAUGUGUUCCAUUUGUCCAAUGCUACUUGUGACAAUGCUGUGACCAUGCUCAAGAAGAUCGUUUCUUUCAUGAAUUAGUUUUGGUUUCGAUUCUGGUUAGCUUGUUGGUCUCUUCUUCAUAUGUUCUGGUAUUCUAUGCCUGCUUGUACUACCGUACUAUGUUUCUUGGAUAAUAAUGAUCCUAGUACAAGAGAAUUCUAUGCUUAAAUUGUGAAAAUGUGAAAGUAGCUCUUGACCGGCCGAUCUGGCUUUCUUUAUGUAAUUCCUUCCUAAGCUCAAGUUAUAAAAGAAAAAGGGGAAAUGACUCGAUUAAGAUGGGGAAAUUA